GUUAAAUGGGCGGUGACGAAGAUAGAGAAAGACUAUUAUACAACUAAUUUAAAAUAAGAAUGACCUUUCAUUUCUCCAAGAUUCUUUGAGUACACUUCAAACACAAAGGUCUUACACAACCUAAAAAUAACUAGUUUACUUUUCCACUAUGUAAACUUCCUUUGUCUCUGUCAGUUUUAGCUCAUUGGGGCAGUAUUACCAGCUAAUUGUCAACCCUUUUUAGCUUCAUAUAUGUUCUAUAUAAACUUCCCUCGUUGCCUCAGCAUCAUAUCUUCUUCACUCCCAAAUGGAUCAAAGAUUGUUUGAUGCAGCUCAAACAGGGAACUUAGAGCUUUUAAAAGAAUUACUCAUCGAAGAUCGACUAAUCCUCGAAAAGGUUCCCUUGUGUUCGGAGACGCCACUAGAUAUAGCAGUGCUAGCGGGAAAAUCCGAAUUUGCGAAAGAGGUUAUAAGACUGAAGCCGAAAUUUGCAACAGAAGUGAAUAAAGACGGGUCUAGUCCGAUUCAUGUAGCUUCAGCUAAUGGAUACGUUGAGAUUGUAAAAGAACUGUUAAUGUUAACAAAUAAUCAAGUUGUUGGCUCCUGUAAUUUAUGUUGUCAUAAAGAUAUAGAAGGAAGAACUGCUCUUCAUUGUGCAGUCAUCAAAGGAAGAAUUGGUGUUAUCCAUGAGUUGUUAAAUUCUGCUUGUUCUUCCGAUUGUGUUCGACAAGUGACUGCAAGAAACGAAACUGUUCUUCAUCUUUGCAUAAAGAACAACCAGUUCGAAGCACUGAAAGUCUUGUUGGAGAGUGUCGAUGAUGCACUCUUGAAUGCCAAAGAUCGGGGUGGUAACACUGUUGCAUUUGGCUAUCUCAUCAUAGAAUACUUAGAAACUCUUCGUAACGCCGGUGCUGAGAGAUCCCGAGACAUCAUCCUUAAUGAUCAACAAGUUGGUGGAGCCAUACCUCCUACGCCGGUAAUUUCCAGUCAAGAUGUAACCACGGUUCAUCAAGAUCAUGUUAUCAUUCCUAUAAGACAAGAACCGAUUAUGUCUCGGGCAACAAAAGUACUGAAAGAUUUCUCCAAGGAGAUCUUUGGAGAAAUUGAAAACUCGACCAGUGAAACACGAAAUGCUUUAAUGGUUGUUGCUGUUCUCAUAGCCACUAUCACUUACCAAGGUGGGAUGAACCCACCAGGUGGUGUUUGGCAAGAUCACAAACAUGACAAUAAUAGCACUAUUACUACAGACGGUACUGCCUUAGGAAAUACGAUGCACCACGCAGGAAAAGCCGUUAUGGUGUAUGAGCAUCUUUGCUUCACACUGUUCAUGGUGUUCAACACAGUAGGGUUUUUUUACUUCUCUAACCAUAAUCUCACUGCUCACGAGUAUAUUUCCUCUCAAAGCUUGGCUUCGACUCGCUGCUAUAUCAAUGGCAACCGCCUUUGGGUGUGGUGUGUGCUUUAUUGCAUCAUUUAGCGGGUGUGUAAAGAUAUUUCUUUUACUGUUCUUCUGUAGUGCUGUUCUUGGUUGGUAUUAUUGGUGGAUUGAAAAAAUUGCGUUAGUCGCUCUGAGAAGGUUGAACAACUCAGAGAACGGGAACUAUGUUCAGCGGGUUGUUCAAUUCAUAGCAUCUCAUUCAUUCAGGCCGAACAAUGCAGUCCAGGACGAGGUUCAAACCAGAUGACACCAUGAAUAUACAUGUCUUUUUUCAUUUUAACUUUACAGUUAUGUAGUAAUGUACCAUCAUCUGAAACUACAUAUUCAGGCCAUUAUACAGAUAUGUCAGUUCUGUGAUUAUACAGAUAUGUCGAUACUAAAAUGUUCUCACUAUAUUCUUAGAACUUUCAGCUUAAUCACUAAAUUAUGGUUUUAUUUAUACUGUAUUUGUUAGGGAAAAUCAAACUCAAA